CUUCUGGGCUUGGACCCGCCCUCCCAGGCCAGGGUCGUCGCCGUGAUAUACUUCCUGUGGAACCUGCUGCUGCUGUGGCCCCAAGUCCUGGUCGUGGCCCUGUUCUCAGCCCUCUUCCCCCGCUGCGUGGCCCUGCACUUCCUGAGCCUGUGGCUGGUGCUGCUAUUCUGGGUCUGGCUUCUGGGCACGGACUUUAUGCCGGAUCCCUGCUCCGAGUGGCUGUACCGGGUGACAGUGGCCACCACCCUUUAUUUCUCCUGGUUCAAAGUGGCUGAGGGCCGCACCCGUGCCCGUGCUACCAUCCACCUGGUGUUCCUGCUGAAUGACAGCCUUCUCCUGGUGGUCGCCUGGGUGACUCAGAGCGCCUGGCUGCCCAGCGGGCACCUGCUACAGAGGCUGCUGCCUGCGGCCGGCAUCUGCUUCCUUCUGGGUCUAGUUCUGCGGCUGGGCUACUACCGCUGGCUACACCCUAACUGCCACUGGGAGCCUGACCAGGUGGACAGGGCCCAGGGUUUCCGCUUCCUCGAGGGGCAUCAGCUGCCUCAGAAUAGACGCAUGGCCCAGUUGGCUAAGAACUUUUUUCCCAAGGCUAGGGAUGAGGCAGCUUUGCCACGGAAAGGAGAGGUGAAUGGUGUCCUUUGA